CGAAUUGUAUUAAGGCCGUUUACGGUAUCAGUCAAAUAUGGCGUAUUGAUAAUCAUUGACGUAAUUAUGUAGUUGUGUGCGUAAAAAUUCAGCUUGUUUUGAAUAACUUCAAAAUUCCACUAGUUUUACUUGGAAUAUUUCAACAAGAUUGUAUCACAUAAUAGAUUGAACAAUUACCGAUCAAUUCCAUCAAACGGAGAAAGUUUUAAAUUGUUCAUUAUUGAAAUCCAUUACCUGCCACAAAAAUCACGCAUUCCGGUGCUCUACUCUUCUUCUUCUUGGUGUUUUUAUUAACUUUGGUGACCACUAUUUUGAUGGGUGAUUUGUAACACUUCAACACUUCGCACAGUUCUAAAAAAGUAUCAUAGCCAUUAUUACACAUAAACUCACUAUUUAAACCGCAUUUCAUAUCACUUAAUUGAAUAUUCUUCAUAAUUCAUCAAAAUAUAACUCGAAUCAAACACGGGAACUUCUUUUUCAGUUUCAUUCAUACCACACACUACUCAUUCAGGAGUGUGGGUAUUGAAUCAUCAAUCAUCAUUUCCAGUGAUGCCAAAUAAAUUAAGAUACAAACUUCAUAAGAAGAAAAAAAAUCUCAUUUUUUCUGAACUUUAAGCUUGACUUUGAGCGUGUGAAAAAUAGGUUUAAUAUUAUAUUAUUAAAAUGAUAACAGUAUUUUAUUCUGUCACAUCAAAUUAUGUGUAAAGCAAAUCAUUAUGCUCAGUGACUAAAAUUUAAAUGUUCAAAUCGGCAACACUGCCCACGACCGAAAAAUGAAAACAAUAAUAAACCAUCCGAGCGACGCAAACCAAAAAUCAAAGUAAACAUGCCACGAGUGUCGAAAAAGCGUAAAGCCGCGAUGUUACGGUGCAUCCGGCGAAAGGAAACGACGGAGGAGAUAGUUCUGGAUGAAAUCCGAUCGGGGACAUCACCAACGAACAUAGCUGAAUGGGAAAUUGAACAGCCGCUCGGAAAAAUUGAAGGUAGGUUUUCAAUUUAUCUGAUGUUUACCUCAUAGUGUUACCUUUCUUACGCUCAAGAAAGGUGCAUACUUUUCUUGAUAAUGAAACCUGACGAUAUUUCUAGAUCCCUACAUGGACUUCGAUGCAGUUCCUGGCUUCGCUUCGAUCGACUGUAGUCCGGCUUCGGGCGUUUCAAUGCCAUCUGCAGAGGACAGCAUAGUGCCAAGUGAACUUUUCGAUGCACAAGCAAGCAGCGUUGCGCAGUUGAAGAUUGAGGAUUUUAAUGCAUUUCCAUUGCCGGAUAUACCAUUCGAUCCCAUGUUCGACUACUGGGCGGAAAACUAUGGUUCAGAUGUGCGGAGAGAAUCCUCAACGGUUUCUCGACCGUUGGCUUGGAAAUCAGAGGAAACCCCACCAGCACCCUCGCACACACCGAGUACCAACGAUCCUCCAGCUGACACGGAAAUAAAUCGAAGCAACACGUUAGACGAAGUUGGACAUUUUUUAUCUAUCCGAAACACAACAAUUUCUACGGAGUUCCGUUUUGGAACCGCUCCACUGCCCGAGCAAAGUCUGAUAGCAAAUAGAAAACUAAUUUUGAAGUUGUGAUAUUGCAAAUUUUGAUAACUCAGGUUGUUGUCGUUUUGGUCGUUUUAACGGUUAAAACAUCAAAAAUGAGAGCAGAAAAAUGUUCAUGUGACAGCAAAUUGAAAACCAUUCCUGCUAUCGAUGAUAGCAAAUUGAUAACUGUUUUUGUUAUCAGCGCAAGAAAAAUGAAAAAUCGUUAAAUGUAGAGUUUUUCGGUUGAUAUCAAAUACUAAAUGCAAUAAUACAAUUGCACUAAUGAUAUAUCCCUAGAAUUAAUUCAUAUAGUUUACUAAAAGAUUUACAAACUAUUGUAACACUAAAUAUUUACAUUUAUUCAAAAUGACAGCAAACCGAAAGCAAAAUUUGAAUUCAAAAUAAGUAAAGACAAAAUGAUAUCAAAAUGUGAUAUCAAUUUGUUGCUGAAUACAAAUCAUGUUUUCGAUUUGCUGUAAUUUUGUUGUUGGGCUUUGCUCGGGUGUCGCCACUAUUGGCUGAUACUUCUGCUGAUCUGGAAGGAGAAUGUUCUGAGCCGAUCCGUACUGAUUGUGCGUUAGGGGAAAAUGGUCCGGUUGAUCAGUGGCCUAGUUCGGAAAGACAUCUGGUGCCUUCAUCGUCGGUGGAGAAGUUGUCGUUUGAUGACAGCAUUGAAAUAGACUGCUGUCAUCAAAAUCUGGGUAAGAUUGCAUAAUUAUGUAUGACGUUAUUUAUGAAAAGAAAAAUUAAAAUCCUUUUAGACAUUCGCUGUGAGGAAAGGCUUGUUGAAGAUCAGACAGCAAAGCCUCGUAUUAAUCUAACAAGAUCGAAAGUGAUGAUUAUCGACAUCCCAGGGAAGCCACCUGGAGCACAUGGAUAUGACCAGUUAGACUGCUAUUGUGACGCUUGCAUCAAAUGCUGUGAAUUCAAAAAGCAGAUACCAGCUGCUUCUGAAAAAAAGACGUCAAAAUCCGACACUCAGGAUGACAAAACUACCGAAGCAAAGAUGCGUGAAAUAUACCAUAAAUUUGACGAAAUUGAGCUCUCUACUGGCACCUACGAUCAUUCGCAAGCAUUCGUGAAAACUACCACUGAAAAUCGUCGUAAAUCUGUCGUUACUACAAGAGGAUGCCAGGCGGCGAAUGCUGAUGAAUUUGCACAACUUGAUAUACCGAAAUGGAAGAGGCUAUGCGGCCGUCGAAUAAUCGAUUAUGAUUAUUUUCUGAAGUGGGUCGUCACGGCCCAAGCAGUGCACUCCAGAUAUUGUCUUGGCGUUUUAUGUCCAUAUCAAGAAGAUGUGAAGUCGAUGCAAUCAACAUUGUGGCUUAUGUGCAAUGUAUGCGGAAUAAUUGUAAAAGGGUCGUCCGAGGAACCAAGCCGUGGUACCCGGCUUAGAUAUUGCACAAGCUGGGCUGUUCUGAACACCGGUUCUACAUACACAAUGGCCCAGGAGUUUUUUGCGUUUCUAGAUAUCCCUUUUAUGAAUCAUGAUACUUUUUCGAAAGAUGAAUCGGCUAUGGAUAACGUUCUUGAGAGCGCUCUGCAAGAUUCCCUGGACAAAGCCGUCCAAGAAGAAGUACAACUUGCUUCGCAAGAACUAGUUGACAAACAGCUGCCUGAAGAUGCCCCGCUAAACCUAUGCUGUGAGUUGGAUGGAUCUUGGGGGUUACGCAGUAAUGGACACAGGUUUUCUUCUGCUUCUGGAUAGGUACACUGGAUAGGUGCUGCUAUGAUAGGUACACGAUCCAAAAAAGUUGGAACAAGAGAUGUUCAGCAUGUAACCAUAGCGCAAAACGACGAAAAUUGGAUAAAAAAAUAACUCCACAUAAGUGUUAUAAGAACUAUACUGGUUCAUCCGGCGGUAUGGAAAGCGACAUUGUAAUUGAAGGAUUCGAAAAACUGUAUCAAAAAGGAGUCAAAUUCACAACAGUUGUGACAGAUGGCGAUUCUACAACGGUGUCUAAACUGAAAAACAGCUGCGUUUAUGGUCACGAAAUUCAACAUCAGUUGUGUUGUAAUCACAUCACGAAAAAUGCUGGGAAAAAAUUACGAGAAGUAUAGCACAUGCCGUUAGGUUGAGUCCGAUGUAUCACAGCUUCCUUUUUUUGUAGAUAAAAGUUCCUAAACAAUAUGUUGAGCAUGUGUCGAAGCGAUAUGAACGUAUAACAAAAGGAGUACGCAGUGCUAUCAAACACUGCGCAGACGAAGGAUCUCAAGACGUCGAAGGACUUCGGCACGACAUCAGAAAUGUGCCAAAUCACGUAUUCGGUGAGCAUUCAGCUUGUCGUGACUAUUUUUGCCAACACAAAAAUGAACCGAACGAUACUCCUAGCAUCAUUGAAGAUUUACGAAGGUGUGGUGUAUGGGAUAAGAUUGUCGUGAUAAUGGAAAAAUUAGCAUCAAAAGCAGAGUUUUUGUGUGAAAACAAGACCAGCAACUUGUACGUAUAGUAAUUCAGUCACUCCAUAGAAAAUCGAUAUAGUGGAUCUCCAAGUGUGCUGAUAUGUACUGGAGAAUUUGUAGUUCAUUGAAAAUAAUUAGACCCGUAAUUUUUUUUUUAUUUCGUCUCAUAAGGGUGACCAAUUUUGGGAUAGUGUUCCGAAAAAUCAAGAUUUUUUAAGGACACACGUCUUGAAAUCCCGUUUCAACACUGCAUCAGAACUUCAGACGCACAAAUCUCAAGAAGCAAGCAUCAAACAACAGUGCAUUUUAUUAUUCUGUUCUUGCUCACUUGAAAUAAGCUUAAAAUAAGAAGCUCAGGUGCGCUGCUGUUGUUUGCGAAGAGAUUUGUGCUUUCGAAAUCGUGAGUAGGUGCCAAAGUCGGCCAUUGUGGCGGCCAUUUUGGGAUUCUAACAAGUCUGUCUUUUAACCUAAAUUUCUUUUUUUGUUUGAAAGAUAUUGAUUUCGUUUUGACAUGGACAGUUCAAUUGGGUUUUGCCCCAACCAGCGAACAUCCAACCAUCAUCGUGACACCCCAUCUAAUCAGCCCCCAACGAACGAAUCGGCACUGUAUAUCGAUUUUCUACGGAAUAUCCGAAUUUAUAAAUUAGGGGAUUCACUAAACAGUGUAAACCGAUUAAACUGAUUAAUUGUCGCAAUCACCAAGGCAAUCUUGGAUUACUUCAUUCGCAAUUUCAUGAAACAUUUCAAUAAUCAGAUAAUCAUCGCUUGCAGUUAUUUAAUCUGUUUAGUGAAUACCCCUAAUAUAUUACCCAAUAAUUCAAAUAAAUAUUGACAUAUGUUUCAUUCAGGGCUGAAAACUUGUUUUGCCGUCUUUGCAAAUAUAAUGUCGGUAAGAGGGUGGAUACUAUGAGCCGUGGAUCUUACCAACGGCGCGUACAGAUUACGGCACUAAUGUGUAAUGAAGGCUACGCUUGGCACGAAGUGUACAUGAAAGUGUUUACAGGAGAAAGUCCAGGAUUUUGGACAAGGAAAAUGUUUGAACAGAAAUCGAAAUCUCUGGAGCGAUCACGAAGAGCACGAAAAAAUCCGAAUUUCACUCGUCGAUCUAAAACAGCCCAGCUGGAAAAAGAAACGGACUAUGGAGAAGCGGCUGUAGAAGAAGCAGAAAAUGCAGCACGUGAACAUGUCGUUGUUGAUGUCGAUAACAUGCGAUUGAAGUAUCAGGUAAACUUGUUUUAGAAGUCUACUAAAGUAAUAUCUUCAUGAGUAUUUUUAAUUGCAGUUAAACGAAUCUACCAAAAAGAAGCUCAAGAGCUGUUCAACGAUCACUGAAAUGGAGGAACUGGCAAAAGGCCGCAUUCUUUCGAAAUUUAUACCUGAAGUUGUGAAUUCACGAGAAGCAUCUAAAUUGAAGAAAAGCGAAACUCUGUUGCAAACCACCACGACAUGGAAUUUCUUGAAAAUGAAUCGUGCGGUAGUUGGGCUGAUUUUGCGACUAUUGAAAGAAGAACAUGCAAUGGUUUUUGAAGAAAGCAAAAUGUUCAUUGAUCCCUGCCAUGAAUUUUUAUGCAGUGUUCCAGAUGGUAAUUUUAUUUAUCAUUUUUCACAUGAGUUUAUUUUAGACACAUGUUUCUUUCUUCAAUUAAAGCGGUAUCCAAAGAUGGUGCAACUAUACUUCUGGUGAAGAAGAAGGAAUCAAAUGGAGACAUCAAAGAACAAGCUUCGUCUCCUAAAGGAGUCUUAGGAUGCAAGAUCAAAGGCGGAAUAAUCACAUUGGACCGUAGUACAACCAUGGAAGUUCAGGCUGCCAUUCAUAUUUCUUCAAGCGCUCGGUGUUUAGUGUUUUUUAUGCUGGGGACAAAUGUAUCCAAUCAUUUGAUGAAGAUCGUUGACAAGGACGAGGAGUUCUUCGAAACGAAAAUUGAGCCCAAAUUGAACAUUUUUUUUAACGAUUACUUUUUGAAGAAACUCGUAGAAAAACAAAUUUCAGUCA